CCCGGGCCCCGCCCCGUCUCCGUCCAGCCCUCAGGCUCCGGGCCCCAGCGGUCAGCCCCGGCGGGCUCAUCCCCCCAAGUGGUUACAGAGAACAUUCGCCCCUGUCCUACAAAAACUGAGGUUGAGGACGCGUUCCAGUUGUCAUUCCUGGACUCAGAUUCCUCGGUGGGAAGGUGCGGGGAAGGUUUGAGAUAGAGAUCUGCGGCGGCCGUGUGUGUUUACGCGAAGUUCAAGUCUACUGAGCGCAAUUCUAUCGUGGGGCCGGUGGAGGGGUGAACCCAACACCGAAAGAAGACCUGUUUGAGAUGUGGUGGUUUCAGCAAGGCCUCAGUUUCCUCCCCUCGGCCCUUGUGAUUUGGACGGCGGCCGCCUUCAUCUUCUCGUACAUCACCGCCAUCACGCUCCACCACGUCGACCCUGCUCUGCCUUACAUCAGUGACACUGGCACAGUCGCUCCAGAAAAAUGCUUGUUCGGGGCAAUGCUGAAUUUCGCCGCAGUGUUAUGCGUUGCUACCAUUUAUGUCCGUUAUAAGCAAGUUCAUGCCCUGAGCCCUGAAGGAAAGUGUGUCCUCAGAUUAAACAGGGCCGGCCUUGUACUUGGACUGCUGAGCUGUUUAGGCCUUUCUCUCGUGGCCAACUUUCAGAAAACCACCUUCUUCACCGUGCACAUCUGCGGCGCCGUGCUCACCUUCGGCAUGGGCUCCCUGUACAUGUUUGUGCAGACCGUCCUUUCCUACCAGAUGCAGCCCAAGAUCCACGGCAAACAAAUCUUCUGGGUCCGCCUGCUGUUGGUGAUCUGGUGCGCAGUAAGCGCGUUUAGCAUGCUGACCUGCUCAUCACUCUUGUACAGCGGCAGCUUCGGCACAGAUAUAGUACAGAAGCUCCACUGGAACCCCCAGGACAAGGGCUAUGUGCUUCACAUGAUCACCACUGCAGCUGAAUGGUCUAUGUCAUUUUCCUUCUUUGGUUUUUUCCUGACCUAUGUCCGUGAUUUUCAGAAAAUUUCUUUACGGGUGGAAACCAGUUUACAUGGAUUAACCCUCUACGACACGGUUCCUUGUCCUAUUAACAACGAACGAACACAUCUGCUCUCCAGAGAUUUCUGAUGGAAGGAUAACAUAAUUCUGUGAUGAUUAUCAUUCUCAGGGAUUGGGAAAAGAUUCAUGAGUUACUUUUGCUCUGGAAUUUCCAACCAAUUAAUCAAGGCUGACAGUGACAUUGACAGGUUCUGAUAAUCAAGAGAUGUGAAUUAAGCCAUUUUAUAAAUUAUUUUAAAGGAUAUUUUCAAGAGGAUCAUGUAAAAAAACAUUUAUGCCUAUACUUUUUUUUUAAUCCCAGAAAAUAAAACCAAAGGACUAAAGCACUGUAGAUUUUUUUUCUUCUACUUUAAGUGAAACACCAGAAAUGCACCGAGCAGUCUGCAAAACCCAACAUUUUGUUUUAGAAAUGAUUGUAAAGAAAUUCUUUUCCCUGGAAUCCACCUACAAAGGGAAGCCAACCUGAAUUCUCCUGAGCACUGUCAUUGCUUCAGCUUCGCACAAGAGGUUUUGGGGGUGUUCACUCGGUUCCUGCCACGAGGUCAGAUCCUGUGCCAGCUGGCCUGUCACACGCCGUUGCAAUAAGUUCAUGAAGCUCCGUCUCUGGUAUGAGAUUUUAAUCCAAAAUGAGAGAAGUAGCUACAUUUAAAUUUACUCCAAUCAUGUUUCACAUAAAACAAAGGUUAGUGUUCAUUCACAAGGCUGAGAAGUUUGUGAAUAACAGCAGAUCAUUAAUAAAAUUAGCUUAAACUGCAGUCAAGAGCUUUUUAGACCUUUCUUUAGAGCAAAUUAUAAUUACUUGUAAAAGAAGCCUUGAACAGGCAAAUAUUGAGCCUUUUUACUGGAAUGUGAUCUUUGUAGAACUCAAAUUCUAAAGGACAAAUGAUCCGCCCAAAAAAGCUAGGUGCAAGACAAUUGUGAUACAUCCACCAAGACAACUUUCCAUCGCUUUGGUCAUGCAAGAGAUUGAAUAGCUUCUGCCCGAAUCCCUGUCUACACAGAUAAAGAAUGGUUUACAGAUCCCAGAUAAAAUUCAAAAGAAGAAAAUGCUCAUCUGAAGAUAUCUGGUAACAACCUGGUUUGUACAAGAAUCCUUGGAGAAGAUGAACAAGAUUUAUCUUUUUAGGAGAAAAUGGUUCUACAGCCAAGAUAAAAGAUGGUGAAGAACAAGCUUUCAGUGUAAGAGGAAGCAAUUUAAAGGAAAAUGGUUAUAUGGUGGGGCCAGAGAGCUUGGUCGUGAGUAAGGUGCUAGAAUAGGACUGUUUCUGAAGAGUCCUGGACUAAGACCAAAUGGAAUGAAAUCCUGUUUAUAUCAAGCAUUAGUGAAUGUGGGUGACAUUUUGAUAAACAUCGAUUAGCAUCACUAGAAAAAAUAUGGGUGUGAAGUUUAAAAAUUGUUAUUAUGUCUCUGCAAGUCAUAGCGCAGCCACACCUGAGAAACGGCAUGUAGUCCUGAUUGCUGUAUGUCAAGGAAACUAAUUAAAUCACGAAGACCACAGUUUGGUAAGGGGAAAAUCGAUAGCAUCAACAUUCAUGAAAAUAUAAACUAUGUGUGGGUGAGAAGACGCAGGGAAGAAUGUGGACUUGUAUGUUUGUACUAGAAUAUUAUGUUAAAGAUACACACAUUAAAUUAUUUUAAAAUA